CUCAACCACAACCUCCUCCUCCUCCCAUUGCACUGCACCUAGCCGCGUCACGACCCCCCGCCAACAUGAGCACCUCCAACAACCCAGCAGCGGGACGCACCCUCCUCGCCGUCAUUGGUGACGAGGACUCGGUCACUGGCCUCCUCCUCGCCGGCAUCGGACAUGUCACCGAGGCCCAGAAGAAGAACUUUGUCGUCGUCGAUGCCAAGACCCAGACCAACAUCAUCGAGGCUGCGUUCCAGGAGUUCACCGAGGACCGCAAGGAUAUUGCCAUCCUCCUCAUCAACCAGCAUGUUGCCGACAGGAUACGCCCAUCGGUCGACCGCUACCAGGCGGCCUUCCCUGCCCUCCUCGAGAUCCCCUCCAAGGAGCACCCCUAUGACCCUCUCAAGGACUCCGUCCUCAAGCGCGUGCAGAAGCUGCGCGGCGACUAGACUUGCAAUACUCCAGUGAACAAUGUAUAUCAUAUGCUCGUGA